CUCCGCUGGUCUUACCCGCCAGUGACAAGACUCGCUCGUCAACACUGACACCUACAGUACCAUUACGAACAAGGCACAAGCCUAGGGGAUGGCACGAUCGUUAUCAUUCUGGUAAUCAAACACAUUUGUUUUACUUAUUCAAACUUUAAGCUAUAAUUUUCUGAUAACUUUAAACUUAUUUGCCCAACCAUUAUUUAAUAUAAUACCGACAGCUAUCUACAAAGAUCGCUGCAAAUCAUUUGAAUUCCUGUACGGGAGGUGGCGCUGUGCUCUUUUAUUGAAAGGAGAGUGAAAACCAACGAGGAAGAAACGCAUCCUUCAUGUUUUGAAAUUUAAAGUUUGAUUGUAGCUUAUUUUUCCCUGUUGUUUUGGGAUGUUUAUGUUCUUUAGUGUAGCCUACAUUCACAUAUAGUCUUAAAUAAAAACAUAUAAAGAAAGUUUUUCAUCGGGAUCCUUCGAGGAGCAUAAUGAUAUUAGGGUCAGUUUUUAUAAACCUUGGCACUAAUGAGCAGCACACGGGCUCUGGUGAGUUGCUCAAUACUUUCUCUACAAGACUCCUGUUUUUUAUAUCCAUGCUGCAAAGACUGUCUAUCCAGAGUAAGCCUGGAAAACAAACGGGUUACAUGUGGAAGGUGUGGAUUCACAUGCGACUCACAAAACGUGGACUACAGAUACAGGCUGUCAUUUAAAGUGUCCAGAAACCAAGAUAUAUUUGGAGUGACUGUAUUUGGUGGCUGUUUAAAUCCUUUUUUUGGCAUUACUGCUGGUGGCCUUCAACGAUAUAUUGAAUUACAGAAAUCGGAUGGCAAACAUACUGUUCAAGAACUACUCGUCAAAGCUCUAGAAGACUGCUUCAUAGGGAGAUCGGUUAUUUUUGGGUUAAAGGUUCCCUGUAAAAAAGCCAAGAUAUCUUCUCUGUCUGGACAGUUUGUGGCUUGCCAAAUAGUUGAUCCAUGUGAGUCCUUGAUGGGAUGUACAGUAAUCGAUUAUCUUAAAACCCUCCAGCAAGCGAAUUCAAAUUCAUGCCAUUAUGAAUCUGCAAGCAAUGUUUGUUUUUCACAACAGAAGAAUUCACAGACUUCACAAAGUUUUGAUUACACUCCUCCAUCAUGUGCACAGUUAAAUUCUCUACCAAGCAGUCAAGAGUUCACAAUCUCAAAGGUGUGGCAAUCACCUGGAUUACGCUUUCUUCCAGAAGAAUUAAAUAAUGACUUUUUACAGCAGUCCAGAGUUUGUGAUAAUAUUGCUUCACCAAAAAAUAAAGAGACAAGAACAAGUAAAUGCAGAACAAAUGAAACAAAUCAGCCGAAGCAUGAAGAACUGAAGGAUGAAACACAGAACAGUCACAGAAAUUCUUUUUCCUCAAGCUGCGAUAUGUUUGAUUCACCAGCACAUUUUAACAUUUCCACUGCAUGUGAUGCUGUCAAACCACUGAGCACCUUUUCUAGCCAAAGAGAUUAUGAAGUAACUACAUCCACACAGCACCUUGUAAGAACUGUACCUGUGGAAAAUCUUGAUGCACGUGUUGAUGAGAAAGCACUUUAUAGUCAUUCUGGUCAAGAUCUAAGUUUAAAUUUAGAGGAUGCACCUUUAUCUGAAAGCUUGCAAGAUUUUGUUGAACCUCCGAUAUCAGAGAUCAUUGAAACAAGGGAGUGCAGUGCAGGUGAAAAAGAUAAAGGGAUUCAAGAGCAAAACGGAUGCUGUCAGAUUGACAGUUCAGUGAGCAUACAAAUGCCAAUUUGUGGAGAACAUCUGACGCCACCAAUUUGCAGUGUGAACAUCAUUGAACGAAAAGAGAGUUGUGAAAAUGACUGUUUAGAAAAUCCUGAAACUACACUGAACCCCUAUGAAAUUCCUAGGUUUCUCACAACCACUUUCUCGAGGCUAAAAGCAGAGCCUUUUAGCUCUGCAAAUAACAGAUUGUCAUUUUCUAACAAAAAAGAACUUUGUUUAAACAGAAAAAUACCCAACAGCCCCUCUGUGGCUUUUUGUUCAGUAAAUAAUGAAAAGGGCAAAUAUUUCAGGCACUGCACACAAAGUGAGCUCCAUUCUGUAAACUGCAAAGUCAAGCAGGAACUGAUUGUGUUUGAUGACCAUGAGGAUAAAUACAAUUGCUCUGUAGACUUGUUUGCUUCUGGUCAAAGCGGUAUGGACAUGAACCUUUCGGAUGUGACAGAGAUUUCUAAAGUAAAUGAACAGAGGAGAGUCAACACAUUAGAGCCUGGGGUUUCUGGUCCCUUGCUUUUUUCACCAUGUUUACAGUCCACCCCUGUUUCUCAUUUUCAGCACUCAUGUGGCCCAAAAACUGGCAGAAGCCGAAAACGUGUAGGCUCACUGUGCUCCAUUAAAUGUGAGUUUAAAACUAAGACUACUGAUCUGUGUUUAAGUGAUAAAAGAUUGAAAUUUGAUCAGAUGCCAAAUGAUGAAUGUAUUGAGAAUACAAAGUGUAAUUUAUCUGCAACUGAGUGGUCCAGAGAUCUUUUUGAAAAUUCUUUUUGAAUUAAAAUUGAGGUUAUUUAUACAUUUAUAAAUUAA